UCACUAUCGCACUCUCACUCGAUCGCUGCCACUCUCUCAAACCAACAGGAACAACUCACCACGCGCGUGCACCCGCGCACGCGCGCGCGCUCACGACGAGAGAUGCCUCGCCUUCACCGCUCACUCCCUCUCCUCCUCCUCCUCCUCUACGUGGCCCCUUGCCACCUCCUGCUGUGCGAGCCGAUUCAUCGCGCCGCCGCGGCUCCAUUGCCGGACCCCGCGCCGAUCGACCCGGCGCUGAUCUUACCCUCGGCCACCCCGGCGCAGCCGACUACCGCCACCCCCGGCGGCGGCACGAUCCCGGCGUUCCCGGAGCAAUCGGACGCCGCGGCGGGGGCCUCCUCCACGUGCCCGCUCGCUCCCUCUCCGGCCCUCCUCCCGGCCGUGCUGUCUUCCUGCGACGCAGACGGCGCGCUGCCCCCGAGGCUGCGCUGCUGCCCGGCGCUGGCCGCGUGGCUGUUCGCCGCAUACGCACCCACCGCGCUCUCGGAGCGGCCCUCGAGGUCGCCGGCCGCGGCGGCCGUGGACAUGCCGGUGCCGCCGGACGACUCGGAGGCGUGCGCGGGCGCGGCCGACCGCGCGCUGCGGGCGGGGGGCGCGGCGCUGCCGCGCCCGCCGGGCGGCAAUGGAACGUGCGACAUGGCGUCCUGCUACUGCGGGGUGAGGCUGAGGCGGCUGACGUGCGGACCGUCGCCGCCGGAGGGCGGGCACUGGGCCCCGUCUGACGAGGCGGCGAGGAGGCUGGAGAGUGACUGCGCGUGGCCGGGUGUCCCCGGCUGCUCCAAGUGCCUUCGUGCUCUGACCACGAUAAAGCCUAGCCCGGGCGGUGGCGCGGCGGCGGCGGCGGGGAAGAAGCAGGCCGGCCGGUCGAGCGAGAGCGACCGCGACUGCCAGCUCAUGGGGCUCAUGUGGCUGCUGCAGCGCAACGCCACGCGCUACGGCGCGGCGGCCACAGCCGUGAUCCAGGCGUUGAUGGCCGUGGACGAGGCGGGCGUCGCCGCCGCGGCGGCGGCCGGGCCGGCCGCGGCGUGCUCGCUUCGCGUGGACGACAUGCCCCUUCCGGCCGAGUACGCGCAGGUCAGCAGGGCCAGCGGCGCGCCUGGCGUCUGCUGCUUCCACCUGAUCCUGCUUGCCAUUUUGAGCCUCUAUGUUGUCUACUCACUGUAGCACUUCGCAGUGGAAUUUAUUUCUGUUAUAUGGUCUAUCGUGUUGCUCCCGGUUAUUUCUACUAUGCACAAUAUGGCACGUCUCUUGAGAACUAGUGCUGUAUAAAUAAAUCCACAAUACGUUAUUAACAUUAAUUAAAAUUUGAAAGGUUAACAUUUUUUGUGAAAGUGAAACCUUAAAAGUAUAUUCAACCAACACACUUUAGCUAACAAAAGGAAGGGCUAUAUCCAUGUUUACUAGGCAGCUCUAGCUCUUCUUUUUCCUCCAAAAGAGAAAAUGUCGUUGUGCAGUUGAGCUUUACAAUUUCCUAUGUUGUUAGGGGAUAGCUCCAAGUUGUUACAAAAUGCACGGGAAUGAGCAAUAGGAGACGAUGAGAUUUGGGUAAGUUCGAUCACACCUCAAACAGAUCAAGCGUCGACAUGUAAGUCUCUCUCCACGGAUAUUGCACACACAAUGUGCGAUUGAUGAUAGUUCAUAAAUUUGUGGCAGGAGGGUCAAUAGCCAAACAUUUCAUGAACUGCCAAAAGAAGAGCUAGAACUGUCAAAACAUUAUGGAUUGAAAUAGCUCUGCAUGUGGCCGGGGGCUAAAUUUUAUACAUGUCGAAAUAAAGUCAUGCAUAAUGAAGAUCAUUCCCAAAUAAAUAGUGACAUUAGACACAUGACGCACAAAAGUCCAUGAUUCCAAAAUUUCUAUCGGAAUUUAGCAGCAUAGGGGCCAUUAGUUAGACUAAAAGGGGCACACGAUAGCAAUUUUGUACUGCCUAGUUUUUUUUCUUCGAAAUAUUGCUGUAAGUUCUAAGCUUACCAGGACUCUCGCGGCCUAUCAGUCAGAUGACUGUGCUCUCACUGAACUGGCCUUUGUUCGAGUCCUGGCACCUCCUUAAGAUAUAUCGGGUUGUCUGCCCCUUGGAUCUUUCAUGUUGAGCUUCCAUGUUAUCCACUUGCUGUAACACUUUGUGAUUAAACUUAACUCUGGUAUAUGCCCUAUUGCCUUGCUAUAACAUGGCAAGUAUUGUGAUAAAUAGUUCUACAUAACAAAUGGCAAACUCAAGAAUAUUCAACUGGCACAUUUUAGCUAAUACAAUAUGUUUGCUUCCCAACCCUCGACUUGCCUCCUGAGGUGACUAAGGGGUGACC